CAGCCGGAUGCAGGUACUGCGGAAGUACUGGAUACAUAGCGAAAGUGUCACGUAGUGUGAUAAUGCAGGUAGAGGUACCGGUAUCUUUCAAGGUGGCGUCCGGCCCCACUUACCACCGGUCUUCAAAAUCGGAAGCCGUCAAUUUCGGAGACAAGAAGCCGCGAUGAAGUCGGACUUGGACAAGACACACUGACCGUGUCCGGGGCUCAGUCUCCGUUUUAAAGGCGGUUCCCGGGCCAGCUACGGUAAACGCUCUGAUUGCGCUCCGAGUCAAGAAUCACAAGCCGGGCACUCCAUGUCGACGGGCCCUCCGAAAGACCCCACCCGACAAACCCUACAAUAAACGGAAGUCUGGACAUCAAGGUCCACUGAGACCAAAGUGAGAAAGAAGAGACAGUGAACUGUUACACACAUACGCCAUGGGAACGAAAUCCCUCGAGUUCAAGGUGCGCAAGUUGCAGGCCAACAGCACCACCGAAAAAGACCUUGCGAAGAAACAACCGUCGCGAGUCUAUGUCAACGAGGAAGCUCUGCUCGAGCUGACCGGCUCCAAAGACGGAGGACGGGCCAUUACCAUUGAGAAGAUCGACAAGAACUCUUCCGACGACCAGCCUGUGCGACGAGAGGCAACCCUAUGGAAAUCGCCAGAGAGGAUAGACAAGGCCAGCAUCCAGCUGUAUGACGCCUUCAGAGAUGUCUGCGGCUACCAGACUGGAGUUCAGGUCAAGGUCACAGUCCAGGAAGGGAAGCUUCCUGAAGCCGAAGAAGUCGUCCUUGAACAGCUACCUCCCGAAAAGGCUGGCAAAGAUGCAGAGACUGCCGGACCUAUCGACCCAUCCGAAAUCCCCGGCUGGGAGUUCUUCCUUUCCGGAAGGCUUUCUAUGAUCGAGCACGUCCACGCCGGUUUGACGUUCAAGAACCUCUACGCUAGGGGUCCGCAGAGGUCGUUCGUGGUUGCUUCGGUAAAUGGGCGACCAACCGGCAACGCGCGCUAUUUGGAUGGCAAGACGAAAGUCAGGAUAGGGGCGCCUUCCCCCGCUGGCCAGGCGGACGGAGUGCGCCAGGGGAAGCUGGAGGUCACAGGUGUUCGUGGACUGGACACUCAGAUCGAGAAACUCAACGACCUGCUGUCUCAGUUCACCGACCCCUGGGUCUUCAAGGGCAAGCCCAGGUACCGCGGUAUUGUCAUCCACGGCGGCCACGGCACGGGAAAGAGCAUGCUCCUGAAUACCAUUGCAGCCACCGGAUGGGGCACAGUCUACCGCAUCCAACCCAAGGACAAGCUUGCCGAGAUUCAGGACAUGUUCCAGAAAGCCAGACUUGAACAGCCCAGUAUCAUCUUGAUCGACCAGCUCGAGAGGCUCAUCGACAAGGAGAGAAACAACCGCACAUCUGUGAUACAGGCCCUCUGUGAGGCCCUGGAUACCUUGGGGGCCGAUGCCCAGGAAUCCGGCGAGAUUCCCAAGGUGGCUGUCAUCGUGACUUGCUUGGAUUACACAACCGACGUCCCCGAGGAUCUCAAGGAUCCCGGUAGGCUCACGGGUGAGAUCUACCUACCGCUGCCUGACGUCGAUGGCCGCAAGGAGAUUCUCGCCUCUUUCAACCUGCGGGUAGCCUCCGAGGAAGAAGACGCUCUCCUCCGCAGCCUCAGCGAACGCACGCAUGCCUACAACGGCAAGGACCUCCGCCGUCUCGUGGACGAAGCCGAGUUCAUAGCCAGGACGCGGAUCAACAGGACGGCGAAGAAAACAACAACACCACCAUCAACCGAGGACUUGGUUAGCCUUAAUGAUCAACCCGCAGCAGCAACAGAAGAAGUCGCAUCUCUCAUGAAUUCCCUACAACUCUCCGACGCCAACGCCAACGCUAGCACCACCACCACCCUCGUCGCUGAUUCGAUAACCUCACCCACGGAAUACUUCCUCCCCGCCGACUACGAAGAAGCCCUCCGCCUCGUCCGGCCCUCCGCCAUGCACGACGUAAACCUCAAGCCGCCUCCCAUCCACUGGUCCGACAUCGGCGGGCAAGCCUCCGUCAAGGUUUCUCUCCGACGCGCCGUGCGCAUGUCCACCGAGCCCGUCCACGUGUUAUCUCGCUUCUUCGCCCGUCCGCCCAAGGGUUUCCUCUUGUAUGGACCCCCCGGCUGCUCAAAAACCAUGGCGGCGCAAGCGAUGGCGACCGAGUCCGGCCUCAAUUUCUUUGCGGUCAAGGGCGCCGAGCUGCUAAACAUGUACGUGGGCGAGUCGGAGAGGGCGGUGCGGAGGCUGUUUCAGAGGGCGAGGGAGGUGGCGCCGAGUAUGAUUUUUUUUGAUGAGAUUGAUUCUAUUGCGGGGCAAAGGUCGGGUUUUGGGCACGGCGGAUCCUCUACAUCAUCUGGAUCGGGGGGAAGUUCUAGCGGUUUGAAUGUGUUGACCACACUGCUUAACGAGAUGGACGGCUUCGAAGCUUUAACGGGCGUGGUGGUUCUGGCUGCUACCAACAGGCCGCAGGCGCUGGAUCCGGCUUUGCUUCGCCCCGGGAGAUUUGACGAGUUGAUUUAUGUCAGUCCGCCGGAUGAGGAGGCGAGGGCGGCCAUUUUCGGGAAGGAGGCGGAGAAGAGGCAGAUGUUGAUUGGCGAGGAGGAGAUUGAGCGGCUGGCGACUAUCACGGAUGGGUUCUCGGGCGCGGAGAUUAAGGGUAUUUGCGCGGUGGCGGGCACGAGGGCUUAUGAUCGCUACCUUAAACUGGAUUCGGUUGAGGAAGAUACGCCGGUGGGCAUCACGAUAGAGGAUCUGGAGAUGGCGGCUAAGGGUAUGAUGAGGCAGAUUACACCCGAGAUGAUUAGGGGUUUUGAGCAGUGGGAGAAGCAGUUUAGGAGGUAUUAGAUCGGGAGUUUAUGUUGAAGAGAGGAAAUGGGUAUUUUAUUACUUUUAUAGAGGCGGCAUGGGUAGAUAAAACUCGCUCGAAUUCAUCAUCACUACUACCUUUUUCA